AGGCAAGAGCCAAGAAAAGAUUGGAUAGGGGAGAAUAAAAGGAAGUGAAGUGAAGCAAGCAAGGAAUCAUAACCAAAAUGGCUCUUCUUUCUUCGAUUUCUUCGUCCCCUCGUUCUCCUUCUCCUUUUCUAUUCAACCAUCUUCUGCAUUCUCCUCCUCCUCCUCCUCCUUCUUGCUCCUUCAUUUCCAGGCUUUGCUUCACUUCUUUCAAUCUCAGCACCCAAUUCUCUUCUUCACCCAUCUCUGCAAUGCCUCCUUCUUCCCCCAAAAUCGAUACCUCUUUGCUUACCCUCGACGAGUCUUUCUACGACGACGAUCUCUGGGCCGCUUCCUCCCUCCGCGUCCGCUCCUUUCGCGAAUUCCCCCCCGACACCUUCGGCCUCCAGGAUCUUGUGAAGUGCUUGACUGAGCGCGAAUUUGAAGCACUCAAGGAACGUGUUUCAGGGACAAGAGCAGGCCUUAGAAGAGUCUCUUGCAUAAAUGCUUCCCUUCCGGAAUCGCUUGUAUCAAGGAUUUGCAGUGAAUUAUGCUCUGCAUGUAAGUUUUCUGCCAAUGGAGAAGACAGAAUUGUAGUUGGUACACUUGAUUUAAAUCAGUGCCUCUGCCUACCUGAUGAAAUUUCAGGAACGAAGCCAGAGGUAAUGGGAUCUGAUAUCACAAGGGCAUACCUCAGUAAUGUCUGUGUUGCCAAAGAGUUGCAGAGAAAUGGGUUGGGCUAUGCUCUUCUUGAAAAGGCAAAGAUGGUUGCUUAUGAUUGGGGCAUAACAGAUCUGUAUGUACAUGUUGCUGUGAACAACGAACCAGCUAGGAAAUUGUAUGUGAAGAGUGGGUUUGUAUAUGAAAGUGAUGAACCAGCAUGGCAAGCCAGGUUCCUUGAUCGACCCCGAAGACUCCUCCUAUGGACAGGUCUCUCAAGGGCCUAAUUUUACUGCCAAAUUUUUUCUGUCUAUACUAUAGAAGCUCACUUUGUCGACAACCUUUCUUCAUUCAUAUUCCAUUCUUAUUCUUCCUUUUUCAUUCCAAAUCCAAAUGUAAAUUUUUGUCAUAGUAAUAAUUCUGGAUGACCAAGGAAUUCUUAUGUGCUGAUGAAUUGAAGUUUCUUUAGUUGAGGAAAUACUUAGAUUUCGAAGUCCGUUUGCAUUAA